AGACAAAGAAACCAUGAGAGCGAAAAGAGAAGAAGCUAUAGCAAAGACACAGACAAGAACUCAAGAGGCUAUUAAAUUAAGAGAAGAGGCAAAACGCGAGAAUGAGAAAGCAGCUGUGAGGGAAAUGAUGAAGAUUGAGGAAACAGAAAGAAGUCGGAUUGAGGGUCAAAAGCGAGCAGAACGUGAGAGAGCUGAUGCUGAUCUGGAGGCAUGGAAAGAAGAACAGCGGCGCUUGGCUGAGUUGGAGAAACAAAGGUUACUUGCAGAGAGGAUGGAGGAAGAAAAGAUAAAAAGAGGCAAAGAGAAGAGACACAGGAGAGUAUGUGGUGGUAACAUAUUCUAUGAGGCAGCCAACGAAAUGGGAGCUGCUCCCAAGAGGCUGUCUGGAAAGAUUGAAGUCAACUUCACAGAGCGUGUUUUUCCUACGCCUGUCAGAGAGUCAACUGCCCAGGCUGAAGAGGAGUGGCUGCAAAAACAAGCUGAAGCACGACAAGUCGCUCAGCUGGCAGACAGUGACCUGUCAGAAGAAGAGCGUAAUCCACAGUUUCUUAGGGACAAGGGAAACUCUUUUUUUGCCACUGGGAACUAUCAGGCAGCAGUCAACGCUUACACUCACGCCAUACGCUUGAACCCCAAGAUGUCAUCAUUGUACUCAAACAGAGCUGCAUGCCAUCUGAAGCUGAGAAAUUUCUUUAAAUGCAUAGAAGACUGUUCAAAGGCGCUGGACCUGCUGCAUCCCCCUGUCCCUCAGAACGCUCCCAGUCGCUGCAAAGCCCUCGUCCGACGCGGCACAGCCUUCUGCGAGCUGGAGAUGUAUGUGGAAGGUUUAGGAGAGUAUGAAGCAGCCUUGAAGAUAGAGCCCAACAACGAGGAGCUGAGGGCAGACGCCGAGAAGAUACGACAGCUUAUUCAGGGCAACACGGAAGCCUAGCACUUCUGCAACAAUCGAGUCCGAGAGAAUGAAAACGAAAAGAGAAGAACGAGUAUGUGGGCGAGUGUGAGAGAAACAAGACAAGAGAAAUAGGUGGAAGUGUUUAAAUUGUAAUGUAAUGAUGUUUUGUCAACAAUUGACUUCCCUCUCAGGUUUUUUAAGAGUUCGAAGCAACACCGCGACUGCUUCGUUUCUUUCAAUGAGUGAAAGACUGGUUGGAUUCAUUUGAUGCAUGGAUGAACACAUUAAAAGCUGAAUCUGUGUGUAAAAGAAAA